AUGACCAAUAAAUUGAGUGCUAAGUUUUUUGAGAUAUUUCGAAAUCUGAAAUCCGACGCGGUGCCUCGUCCUCCGCGGUCGAAUUCAUACAACGAGAACUCUGAGGAUUUACAAAACGAAAAUGUAAAUUUCACAAACACAGAAGAUGAGCCUAAGAAGAAAAGCGGAAAGAAAAAACCCAAGUAUGAUAAAUCAUUCUCUACUCCUGAACCUGAUCCAAUUCCAAAUGAUGACGAGGAUGAUAGACGAAAUAGUAAUUCAAGCAGUGUUGUUAAUACACAAGCAUCAGGAAAUGUGAUAAAUAUUGUAAAUGCAAGCAAUAUUCGAUGGGGAAAUGAGUUUACCUACUAUUUAGGUCCAGUAUCAAAUCCCCAGAAAACACCUAAAACUCCUGACGAAGAAGUAGAGAAAACAAAUCUCAUUAAGAAUUUGAUGAAGUCAGAAAUUGAGCCCGACCAUGAUUAUAUUGAUUACAUUUCAAAGAAUUUAGGCAAGAAUUGGUACAGUAUUUUUAGAAGUUUGGGCUACACAAGAGGUCAGAUUGAAACAGCUGAGAUUGACAUGGCUAAAAGUGGAGUUGCAGAGGCUCGUUACAAAUUACUACUGGAUUGGGUCAGAAAUGACGAUGAUGGUACAUUGGGUAAGUUGGCAAGAGUUUUAUGGGAUGAAGAUGAAAGACAGGUCGUUAAAGAGUUGGCUGCAAUAUACGAAAGAAACCAGAAGUAG